AUGUCAGGAAAGAGGAGAGCUGGUUCCCAAAUUCAAAGGGAAACUCUCGGGCACGACGAUGACACAUCGGACGAACAGUCAUCGGGAUUGCAUAGGGCUUCAGCGGAAGUCUUAUCCAAAAGGAAAAUCUUAAAACCCAGAGGUAUGUUGUCUUCUAAACAGUCCACAGGAAUAAAGUUUUCGCAUCCACCUGUACCUACAGUGAGCAGCACCAAUUCCGCACCUUCUUUGGCUGAUGAUAACACGCACAAGAUUGUAGCGUUAAACAAUCAGUUUGUUGCCGCUAUCGAGCAAGCCAGGUCUAGCGAUCCAAGUGCUGAUUUCACGCCCAUUCUCACAAAGUAUCUGGAUUACUUGAAAUCAUUGAAAAACUCUCAAUUGCUACCAAAAUCUCAGUCAGAGGCACAGAAAACCAGUAAAGCAGAGCCAAUUGACGUGGACUCUGACUCCGGCUCUGCGUCUGAAGAUAGUAAACCUACUGAGGUCAAAAUUCAAGGACCAUCCUUCAGUCUGGAAACUGUUCCGACGGCUAAAAAUUCCGUUUUCUCGUUUGGAAAAAAGAGUAAGCCUGAAAUUGUCUUUAGUGAUGAUUCAGAAGAAGAAGUUAAGGUAGAAGGCCCAUCGUUUACUCUAUCUCAGCCUGUAGAUAAAUCCAAAUUUACUGGCGUUUUCAAGUUUUCAGCUGAGGCAUCAAAGGCCAAGGAAGACGCUGCAAUUGAGCCACCAUCCAAAACUGAUGAAGAGAAACAGCCUUCCGCUUUUGAAUCGCAACCAGAUGUUAGUGCCAAGGGUGAGUUGACUGCCUCAAAGCCGCGUACAUUAGCUUCAUCCACUAAUACUACCACUGACUCCGGACAAAAGCCUGUAGCAUCUGGGUCAACAACUACAGAUAAAGGAACGACCAAACCCUUCACAUUUGGUACCACUGCUUCUGUUCCUGGCUCCUCUAAGCCUUUCACGUUCGGUUCUGCAGAUACUGAAAAUGGUGCCAAGAAGUUUACCUUUGGUACAUCGGGCUCGACUGAGACAAGUGCUGCUGAAGAGAAACCCAAGCCUUUUACAUUUGGAUCUUCUUCUGUCACCGACAAAGCAGAAUCUGAUAGCUUGAAGCCUAAAGGUUUUACUUUUGGUUCAAACAAUGAGAAUGCUUCCAAGCCUUUCACAUUUGGUGAAACUAAAACUGAUUCUUCAUCUUCCAAAACUUUUACUUUUGGAUCUUCGAAACCUCUAGAACCUUCAAAACAGUCUGCUUUUACUUUUGGAGGUUCAGCAUCCACUAAGGCAGCACCAACUUCAUCCUUUGGAUUCACGUUUUCAACUCCAAGCACGAAUUCUGCAACUACAACUGCUACUACCAAUACUCAGCCUGAGGCCAAAAAUGCAGAUGAGCAGGUUGAGGAAGUAGAGGUCAAGGGCGACUUUAAAAAAGUAGAUCUGAAACCCAUUGAAGCUAAAGAAUCAAAAACUAAUGAAACGACAUUAUACGAGAAAAGAGCCAAAUUAAUGCUAUAUGAUCCUAGUAACACUGAAUCUGUUUACACAAAUAAAGGCGUCGGAGAACUAAGUAUUAGGAAAAACAACGAUACUGGAAAGGCAAGAAUUGUUGUGGUCAUUGACAAUACUUUCAGGAAGCUUCUCAAUACUGCUAUCUUGGCGCAGUUCAAAUACGAGAAGUUGGGAAAAGGUGACCUAGUCAAGGUGCCUACAAUCAAUUCCGAUGGAAAAUUGGAAACCUACGUUAUUAAGGUAAAGACAGCUGCAGACGGUGAGAAACUACUGACAGAAUUAAAUAAAGCCAAAGAGAAUGUAUAA